AUGGCAUUACUAGGGGCUCAGCUGGUUAUAACUCUGAUAAUGGUAUCAGUGAUACAGAAAUUGGGAAAUUAUUCAUUCGCGAGAUGGUUACUGUGUUCCCAAGGAUUAUAUCGAUAUCUUUAUCCUGAUAAUAAUGCACUGAAAACAUUAGCUGGUGUUCCUAAAGAUAAACCGAAAGGAAAGAAAACAAAAAGUGAUUCAAAUGGCAAGCCAGAAACGUUUCAUGUGCCCCGAAGUCUUGAAAUACAACUGGAAACUGCUCCUGUGACUCCACUAGAUGUUGUUCAUUUGAGAUUUUAUACAGAGUAUAUAUGGAUAGUAGAUUUUUCUCUGUAUACAGCCUUUGUUUAUAUUAUGUCUGAGGUGUACACUGCCUAUUUCCCAUUAAAAGAUGAGUUCAAUCUCAGCAUGGUAUGGUGUCUACUGGUGGUAUUGUUUUCAUUUAAAAUCUUACUUUCACUGACCAAACAAUACUUCACUAGUGAUGAAUCUAUCGGUGAGCGGUCUACAUGCAUUGUCUCAUUCUGUGUGUUCCUACUAAUAGCAAUGAUCAUGUUAAUAGUAGAUGAGAAUAUCUUAGAAGUUGGUGUGGAUCCAGCAUAUGAUAGCUUUAAUGAGAAUGCUUCAAAGUUCCUGGAAAAUCAAGGGUUAAGUUCUGUAGGUCCAGCAUCUAAGUUGAUACUGAAAUUCUCGUUUGCUGUGUGGGCAGCUAUUAUUGGAACAUUAUUUACAUUUCCCGGUCUUAGAGUUGCUAGGAUGCAUUGGGAUUCAUUAAGGUACUACUCCGAAAACAAAGUGAAGUCUCUCCUGUUAAACAUAAACUUUGCAAUGCCAUUUGUUUUAGCACUAUUAUGGGUUCGACCAGUUGCAAGAUACUAUUUAGCUGUACGAGUUUUUAGUGGAAUGAGUGGACCGCUCAUGACCCCUCAAAUGUUUGACACACUACGCAUAGUAUUGGUAAUUCUAACAGUAUUGUUAAGAGUGUCCCUGAUGCCGCGUCAAUUGCAGGCGUACCUUGAUAUGGCACAAAGGAGGUUGGAUGUACAAAGAAAAGAAGCCGGCAGAAUUACUAAUGUUGAACUACAGACUAAGAUAGCAUCAGUAUUUUUCUACCUAUGUGUGGUAGCACUUCAAUAUAUUUGUCCCAUCAUCAUGUGCCUGUACUUGGCUCUGAUGUAUAAAACCCUCGGAGGAUAUAGCUGGUCUUCUUUCAUAUAUGAGACCGCUGAGAGUGAACCUGUAGUUGUUAAUAUGGAAGGAAUGGAGCAGUUUCAAAUGGCUUGGGAAAACUUGAAAAUGGUAUUUACUCAAGAUGUUCAUCGAGGUCUGCUUGGUUUUGCGACCUGGUGGAGUUGUUUCGCCUGGUUCCUCACAACAUCAUUAGGCACAAUAGAAAAAUACAUCCCUAAAAUAUCAAUAAGCACCUUCUGGAAGAAAAACGUCGACCAAUGGCUAUCUUUCGCGGUAUUUGACAUUGAAUUCUAUUGGUUGUUACAAGGAAUAUUCCAGAAAAUACGAGUGACGUCGAGUGAUUCUACGACCGCAUAUAAAGUGCUUCAUCCGCAUCGUGCGCCAUUUUAUAACGUUAAAGAGGCCGACAAUCGCGCACCUUUGCUGAGUGAUCUACUAUUUAAGUCUACAGAAAUACAAGCUAAGUCUAAAAGAUGGCUGCCAAAGCACCCGCAGACUACGCCCUCGUAUGUAGCGUUCACAGACACCGAGCGUCUCAUCGGCGAUGCCGCUAAGAACCAAGUGGCGAUGAACCCCAACAACACUAUUUUCGAUGCCAAACGACUCAUUGGCCGCAAGUUCGAGGACCUUACAGUGCAAGCCGACAUGAAACACUGGCCAUUCGAAGUGAUCAGUGAUGGAGGCAAACCAAUGAUCAAGGUACAAUACAAAGGAGAAGACAAGACUUUCUUCCCCGAGGAGGUGAGCUCGAUGGUGCUCACCAAGAUGAAGGAAACAGCCGAGGCUUACCUCGGCAAAACGGUGCAGAAUGCAGUUAUAACGGUUCCAGCGUACUUCAACGACUCACAGCGACAGGCCACGAAAGAUGCGGGUACCAUCUCUGGCCUGAACGUUCUCCGGAUCAUCAACGAACCCACCGCUGCUGCGAUUGCCUACGGUCUUGACAAGAAGGGAGGCGGAGAACGAAACGUGCUCAUCUUCGACCUGGGCGGAGGAACCUUCGACGUGUCCAUCCUCACCAUCGAGGACGGGAUCUUCGAGGUCAAGUCCACCGCCGGCGACACGCACUUGGGAGGCGAAGACUUCGACAACCGAAUGGUCAACCACUUCGUGCAGGAGUUCAAGAGGAAGUACAAGAAGGACCUCACCACCAACAAGAGGGCGCUCCGCAGGCUGAGGACGGCCUGCGAGCGGGCGAAGAGGACCCUGUCCUCGUCGACCCAGGCCAGCAUCGAGAUCGACUCCCUGUUCGAGGGGAUCGACUUCUACACUUCCAUCACCAGGGCUCGCUUCGAAGAACUGAACGCCGACCUGUUCAGGUCCACCAUGGAGCCCGUCGAGAAGUCUCUGCGCGACGCCAAGAUGGACAAGUCCCAGAUCCACGACAUCGUGUUGGUGGGCGGGUCCACUCGCAUUCCCAAGGUGCAGAAGCUCCUGCAAGACUUCUUCAACGGCAAGGAGCUGAACAAGUCCAUCAACCCCGACGAGGCCGUAGCGUACGGAGCGGCGGUGCAGGCGGCCAUCCUGCACGGAGACAAGUCGGAGGAGGUGCAGGACCUGCUGCUGCUGGACGUGACGCCGCUGUCGCUCGGGAUCGAGACGGCCGGCGGGGUCAUGACGACGCUCAUCAAGAGGAACACCACCAUCCCCACGAAGCAGACGCAGACGUUCACCACGUACUCGGACAACCAGCCCGGCGUGCUCAUCCAGGUGUUCGAGGGCGAGCGGGCCAUGACCAAGGACAACAACCUGCUCGGCAAGUUCGAGCUGACGGGCAUCCCGCCCGCGCCGCGCGGCGUGCCGCAGAUCGAGGUGACGUUCGACAUCGACGCCAACGGCAUCCUCAACGUGUCGGCCGUGGAGAAGUCCACCAACAAGGAGAACAAGAUCACCAUCACCAACGACAAGGGCCGCCUGUCCAAGGAGGAGAUCGAGCGCAUGGUGAACGACGCGGAGAAGUACCGCAACGAGGACGAGAAGCAGAAGGAGACCAUCCAGGCCAAGAACUCGCUGGAGUCGUACUGCUUCAACAUGAAGUCCACCAUGGAGGACGAGAAGCUCAAGGAGAAGAUCUCGGACGCCGACAAGCAGACCAUCCUCGACAAGUGCAACGACACCAUCAAGUGGCUGGACUCCAACCAGCUGGCCGACAAGGAGGAGUACGAGCACAAGCAGAAGGAGCUGGAGGGCAUCUGCAACCCCAUCAUCACCAAGAUGUACCAGGGCGCCGGCGGCGUGCCCGGCGGGAUGCCCGGCGGCAUGCCCGGCUUCCCCGGGGGAGCGCCCAUGGGCGGCGGAGCAGCCCCCGGCGGCGGCGCGGGACCCACCAUCGAGGAGGUCGACUGA